GUUGGAAUACAAGGAAGGUUUUGAUCCGGUAACACCGAUUUCAGUGGUUUAAGGAAAAAUAAAUACAUUUUUUUAUUGGAAUUGAUUUAAACAACAAACGAAAACGUACGCGUUGCACCGGCACUUUGGCACCUGUUACAGAAGCUGAUACUUGCAUAGUUAUUGCUUCUGGUUUCCCCAAUCCCCCGCCGCCACCGCCCUACCUGGUAUAGCCGCAGUUGUUGUUGUUGUUUUCCUUCAUUUAAGAGCAAAAUGUCGAAAAACAAGCUGAACCUGGUACUGCCGCCGGUUAAUACGGAUUCAACUGUUGCGGCAGCCCAAGUGGCACCAACACCACCAUUCAAAACUCCAUCGGGAACAGAAACACAUAGUUUGCUGGGCAAGCCAAAGACGAGCAUCGAUGCCUUAACGGAAACUCUCGAGGGCCUAGACAUGGACGACACGGAACGGAAACGGAUCAAAGUGUUUCUCAGUCAAAAGGAAAAGAUCGGUGAACUGUCAGAUGAAGAUUUGGAGAAAUUGGGCGAACUUGGCUCUGGAAAUGGCGGAGUCGUAAUGAAAGUCCGUCAUACGCACACACAUCUCAUAAUGGCACGAAAACUGAUUCAUCUUGAGGUGAAACCGGCAAUUAAGAAGCAAAUCCUUCGUGAACUUAAAGUGCUCCAUGAGUGCAAUUUCCCGCAUAUAGUUGGCUUCUAUGGGGCCUUUUACAGCGAUGGAGAGAUAAGCAUAUGCAUGGAAUAUAUGGAUGGCGGCUCACUAGAUCUCAUAUUGAAACGAGCUGGCCGCAUACCCGAAUCCAUAUUGGGUCGCAUCACUUUGGCGGUACUCAAAGGAUUGAGCUAUUUACGAGACAAGCAUGCUAUUAUUCAUAGGGAUGUGAAGCCAAGUAAUAUACUCGUCAAUAGCAGCGGAGAGAUAAAAAUCUGUGAUUUUGGUGUAUCGGGUCAAUUGAUUGACUCGAUGGCCAACUCCUUCGUGGGCACACGCAGUUACAUGUCGCCGGAACGAUUACAAGGUACUCACUAUUCAGUACAGUCGGACAUUUGGUCGUUGGGCCUAUCCUUAGUUGAAAUGGCCAUCGGCAUGUAUCCAAUACCACCACCAGAUACUGUAACCAUGGAGGCCAUUUUCGCUGAGAACUCUGAUGGUGAUGGGAAUCAAACUGUAUUGGAGCCAAAAGUGAUGGCCAUAUUUGAACUGCUUGAUUAUAUUGUUAAUGAACCGCCACCUAAAUUGGAACAUAAAAUAUUUUCCGAUGAGUUUAAGGACUUUGUAGACAUCUGCCUCAAAAAGCAGCCCGAUGAACGGGCCGAUCUCAAGACCCUUCUGAGUCAUCGCUGGAUACGAAAAGCGGAGCUAGAGGAAGUAGAUAUAUCAGGUUGGGUCUGCAAGACAAUGGAUUUGCCGCCAUCGACGCCAAAGCGCAAUACAUCGCCCAACUAAUUUCAGCAUUCCUUUAUUCCAUCUUCCUACAAACAGCAUGCGUAUAUUUAUAUAUAUGUCUAUAUAUGCGAGUUAUUUAUUUGUAUGUAGUCAUGUACUUGUUGUAUCUACUGGAUCCCCCCUGGCCCGCCCACCCCAAUAACCCCCAGAUAUUUAUACAAAUAAUCUCCCUAUUUUCCUGACUCUAUUUAACUAUCUGUGUGAGUGUUUCGCUAGCGAUUUUUUCUUUUAUUUCUUAAAUAAGAAAAGGCUAAGUAAACUUCACAGUUGGCCUCCUUCACAAAGGAAGCGAGAAAAAAUACAAAACGUGUAUAUGUAUAUAUAUCUAUAUAAGUACACAUCUGAAGAAAAAAAAAACAAGAGAGAGAAAAUACGAAAACGGAAAAUAAAGAUAUUGAAGUCAUA